UGAAAGCAACCCCUCCGCUGAGACUUCAGAGGAGGAAAUAAGACAACCACCUGGGUUUUUUUUUUUGUUUUUUUGUUUGUUUGUUUUUUUACAGUGUGUCGUUUAUUGCUUUUAGCUUUACAUUGAUUUUCCUGCAUUAACUUUUAAUUCGGAAACUGAAGUUUGCUUAAAUUCUUGAUUUGCCAAAUGACCUCCCAGGUGCUCUGGGUUGCGAUUGCUCUAUCCAGCAUCUUAUUUGUGACCUCCUUUGAGGCUUUCAAGUGUCCGCAAAUCUGCCAUUGUACGGCCUCAAGCUUCCAGUGCAGCAAUGACACUCAAAAGGAUUCGGAGAGUUACACCACAUCGAUAGUUAUCAAACAUUUGGAUCUUCAAGAGAUUCCAACCCAUGCCUUCAAACAACUGAUCAACAUAAAAGUAAUUCAAAUCUACUACAGCACUGCGACCCAGAUCCAGACACAUGCAUUCCUUUCCAUCCAUGGCUUGAGAGAAAUCACUAUUAAACAUAUGAAAAACCUGAGGACAAUUGAAAAGGGUGCAUUCACUGACCUUCCCAAUCUGACUCUUUUGUGCAUCUUUGGCACAGGGCUGAUGCACUUUCCAGACUUGUCCACUAUAUCCUCCUUGGAAUUCCCAUUUAGACUAAAAAUACAAGCAAACAUGGCUGUAAAAAACAUCCCUGCCAAUUCAUUUAAUGGUAUGACGAAGAAGCGCAGUGACAUAAGCCUGAUGGGAAGCAGUUUCAAGGAAAUCAACCCACAUGCUUUCAAUGGAACCUUCAUCGGAACACUAGAUUUAAGUCACAACAAACAUCUGCGCAACCUUCCAGACGAUGCCUUCGAAGGAGCUGUUGGUCCGCUUUAUUUGGAUGUAUCGUCCACAGCUUUGACCUCUCUUCCUCGUAAAGGCUUGGAGAGGGUAAAGCGCCUGAGAGCCAAAUCUGCUUUUGCCCUUAAGCGCCUUCCUCCACUAGAUAGCCUGGUUGAGCUUGGAGAGGCAGAGCUUACCUAUGAGAGCCAGUGCUGCGCUUUCCACAUGUGGCACAGCAAACACAGACAACAGGCACUCAAGAAUCCGCAAUCAGUUUGUGAAUUGCUCUACACAAAUGCUGGUGGAGCCACUGAGCUUUACAAGAACUUUCCAGAACUGGAGCACAUUUGUCCCAGUAAUGAUGGCAUCCAGUGCACACCAAAGCCAGAUGAUUUUAACCCUUGCGAAGAUUUACUGGGUCCCAUCUUGGGCAACAUGACAUGGAUAAUAGCCUUUUUUACAAUUGUUGCCAACCUCACUGUGUUGGUUAUCCUGCUUUUUACAAGUCGCAAGUUAACCAUCUCCCGAUUUCUGAUAUGUAACCUUGCCCUGGCGGACCUGUGCAUGGGGUUUUACCUGAUGCUGAUUGCUCGCAUGGACUACCACUCUCGCCAUGAGUACUACAACCACGCCACCGAAUGGCAGACGGGACCAGGAUGCGAUAUGUCGGGCUUCCUGACAAUGUUCUCAAGUGAGCUAUCCGUUUACACACUCACCGUCAUCAGCUUUGAACGCUGGUACACCAUCAUCAAUGCUAUAGAUCUAAACAAGAGACUCAGCAUGCACCAUGUGGUGGCCAUCAUGGUUGUUGGUUGGGUCUUUUCCCUGCUGGUUGCCCUGCUUCCUCUAGUGGGAGUCAGCAGCUAUGGCAAAGUGAGCAUCUGCCUCCCAAUGGAUAUUGACACGCAGGCUUCUCAGGCAUACGUGAUGAUCGUGCUCUCGCUUAAUGUUGCAGCAUUUCUGGGGGUGUGUUUCUGCUACGUGUGCAUGUACCAGAGUGUCCGCAAGCCAUUACCUGCCAAUCACUACAAUGAUGCAAAGCUCGCCAAGCGCAUGGCGGUGCUCAUUUUCACAGACUUCCUUUGCAUAGCUCCAAUCUCUUUCUUCGCAAUCUCCGCGACACUUCACAUGCCCCUCAUCACAGUGUCUCACUCCAAGAUCCUCCUCACCAUUUUUUAUCCCAUCAACUCUCUCUGCAACCCUUUCCUGUACACCAUCUUCACUCGUGGCUUUAGGAAAGAAGUGCGCUUUCUGCUCCGACAUUGGGGAAGUCCUGUCAGGGCAUUUAUAGGUAAAUGCCUACAGCUCCAUUCCUACCUGAUUCCAAACAACGCUCAGCACGAAACCACGCUUUAGCUUUGAACUCAAUGCCUGUCAUUAACAACAACAGACAUCCAAUUAAUUGAAACUGGAAAGACUGGCUGUGUCUGCUCAUCUUUCAGUGCCAUUGACAGCGCUAGAUGUCCUAUUCAUUUUCAAUGGGGCAAAAAAAAAAAAAAAAAUGCUACAUUGCUCGGGUAGGUCGAAAUCCAGCGUAGGGCUACUGCACCUUAAAACAUGUUUUGUUUUCUCAUUGAGAUAACUGUUGUUGUGAUUUGGUCUAAACAAAUAAAAGUUUAUUUCAUUUUAUUUGACUUAGAAACACAUCCAUAACUGAACAGUAUGGACAUGUAGGUGACAAUGUUUUUUUUUAGGUAACCUAUUGUGGUUCCUCGGUUUUAUUAUUAUGAAUAUAGUUAUUCUUUGUUCCACAGCCCCUUUGAGCUCAAUUUGGCCCCCAUAGAAUGCUUCAAAAUGCACCAAAAUCGGCAGGCAGGUCAAGACAGGUGCAAUCUUUGUUAUCGUGUAGACAAAUUCCAAAUACACUAUGUAGCGCCCCCUAGCAGUCAUUAUUUGUCCUGCCGACGCUUUGAGCACUAUUUCGACCCCCUCAGAAUGCUUCAAAACUCACCAAACUCAACAGCCAGGUGAACACUGGUGAAAACUUUGAUAAAAUGUAAAAAAAAAAAAAAAAAAUUUUUUUUUUUUUUUAAAUGUGUAAAUGUGUGUAGCGCCCUCUAGGAACAAAACCAACAUUUCACUUUUAUUUUUUUUUAAGGUGAUAGAGGAGGUAACCAAUGUUCCCUCUAAUUUUUUAUGUGUCUGAGCAAACACACCUGCUCUCUGAGCACACUGCGGCCCACGGUGAGCAACAUCAGAUGUGUACCGUAUUUUUGGGAAUAUAAAUCGCACCAGCCAAAAAAUGCGCAAUUAAAAGGUAAAAACAUAUAUGUUGCACCAGCGUAUAAGUCACAUUUUUGGGGGAAAUUUAUUUGGUAGAAUCCACGACCAAGAACAGACAUGUCAUUUUGAAAGGCAAUUUAGAAUAAAAAUACAAUAGAGAACAACAGGCUGAAUAAGUGUACGGUAUGCUAACAUUACAUGACUCAUGAACAACGAACUGAGAACAUGCCUUGUAUGUAAAUGUAACAUAGCUAUUUAGAGUUAUUCAGAUAACUAUAGCAUAAAGAACAUGCUAACUAGCAACAAUGAUAUAAUAAUGUGUGAAUAAGUUCACAUACAGUAUAAGUCGCUCCAGAGUAUAAGACGCACCAUCUGCCAAACUAUGAAAAAAAACUGCGAUUUAUAGUCUGUAAAAUACGGUACAUGGCGGCCACACACCAGUAUCACGCCUUUUCACGGCUAUUAGCAUUUCUACUGCCCGUAAAUUGUCUAGUAUUCAGAGCAUUUAAUGAUUAAUAUCUAUAAAUAAAAUAUCUUUAUAAAUGUCACUAGAAUACACACCAAUCUGACUUAAAUUGUACCUUAUUUUUCAUAUCUUAAUAUAUAGGACUAGCAUUUGGUGUACUGAUAUGUCAGUGCUCUCAUCUACUAUCUGUGUAUGCCAGGGUGCAUUUUUAACACUGCACAUAGUCUCGUUCUCCACCAUCUCAUUUAUUGAGUUUACAAAUUCAAAGGCAUAGUUUUUACUUGGCCAGCUUUCUGGUAUACUCACAUACUUUGCCAUGUGAUUGCGGAUUUGUUGAACUGACACCACUGACGCAUUCAUUUCAAUGGCUAGUAAAAUAUCGUCAAUGAGAACUUCAACUUGCUCUGGGUCAGAUUUUGUUUUGUGGGACAGCUCGUUUCUCUUCUGUCGGUCUUUUUGCAUUCUCCCGCAAUACUAAUGUACCAAUCGCCUGUCCCAUCUUGAGUCUUUGUAACUUUCAACAGCUUUCAAAUGACUUUUCUGCUGAAUAUGACACUUGAGGUAGUCCAACUUCCAUUCAGUCCGCAUUUUUCCCUCUGAAAACUCACUUGGUACUUUGGCUUCGUGGCAAAUAUCACACAGUUUCACUGCUUGUUUGUCUAUUUGCACAUGCUCCGACAGCCACUCCAUCUUAUGUGAACCGCAUUUCUUUUUUACUUUGGCUUGGUGAGUGGAUGUGUCGCUGGCCGUUCAUUUCGCCAUGUUAAGGGGUUGGCCUUUGCGUCUCUCAACUCCGCUGCUCUUACGCACUGUUGAUAGCUUGCUAACCUACACCGCGCGUGUAGGCUGCAAUACACAAGCAAUGUCAAUGCUAUGAUUGGCUGCGUAGCGGAAAUGAAUCUUAUCGUAUCAUUUGAUGGACACCUGUCACUCACCGAGUUACAACGCAUUUAAUACGUUUCUGUAGAUUUUUUUUUUUGUGUCCAGCAUAGAAUUUCUUGUGCGCAGAGUAGGUGCCAGCAGUGCGCGAUUGCGCACGCGUGCAGCUUCGAGGGAACAUUGGAGGUAACAACGCAAAACUUAAAACUUAGAACACAUCAGUAAUAUAUGAAUGGGAUACCAUACGCGGUACCCAGACUGCCGUUAGUACUACAUCCAGCGUUGGUAAACAGCCGCCAUUUUAAAGCAGUCGACUUCUCAGAAAGGCUCAGUUGUAGUGAACCUUCCUGGCUAACCUAAGUAACUUUUUAUCUAAAAUACUCCUGAAUCGGCAAAAUCUUGAAUUGAUCUUUAAAAGAUGAAACAGUUUUAAAACUUUCACAUGUCGAAAGUAGACAGAAGGGAACUAAUGCAAAAAUGGGAGCAAUUUUAACAACUGUAACGGUUAAUUUGCGCCAUCGUACCAACAGCAGGCGUGGUUUUGACGGGCGUAGUUUGGAUGAGGCAUCGUUUGUAGUGUGGGUGAGGCUGCAGUCAGACUUUUCUCACACACCACACUUUGUCAAUGUCACUACCCAAUCGUAAAUGGCUACAGGAUCACGACAGAAUGCUGCUGUGCAUGCGCGAACUGACACCAUUUUCUCUCGCAGGAUGAUGCGAGAUAUAUUCAUGUGAUAGAUUAAACAAUAAAUAUAAAUUUUUCUUUGGUGUUUGUGGGAUAAUGGUCUCUGAAGGGUUUACUUGGGAUGAAGGGAGAUAAAGACUAAACUGCACUUAAAUUAUUGACAUUAAAUUUAUGUAUUGAUUGUAAGGGUGCAUGGGCGCUGCAUAUUCUUGUUCACUAGAUGGCAGUAUGCACCUGAAAGUUGCUUGCAAUCCGCUAUUAAUCAAGAUUGUCGUCCUCCAGCCUCACCCCAAUUAAACCUGUCAUAGACCAUUCACGCUGUUAAAAACUUUUAACGUCAGACUUUGCCAUAACAUACAUUUUCAAGAUAUCUAUAGCUUAACUAGCCUCUUUAGUUAGUCUUUGAUAAGAUAUAUGUAAGAAAGUGUUAUUGUAAAAAUGAACGAGGGCUUCAGAGUCCGAUAUUUGCAUAUGUGAGUAUACAGUAGUGAUGGGUCUAGUGAUACUAAUGCGCCGGCGCGCGCGCCGAGCUCAUGGAGCAACCCCUGCGUCGGUGCGCGUAUCGCUACAAGAAAAUCACGUGACCGAUGCAUGAACUCAUUGAACUGUGUCGACACAGUCAUGACGCGGCAAACUGGUUCAAAAGGAAGCGCGUCUGUCAAUGCGAUGGAGUUGCUGAAACAAUCCACAUCUCACGGUUACUUCCUCGUUGUCUACCUGCUGUGGAAAUGGACGUAAGACAGGGAAAACGCACUUGUCAUCAUUCACUCAAAAUACAAUUAAUUUUAAGGUAAAGCUUAGUUUAUUAGUGUGACGGGUGCACGCGGGUCCGUCGGUUGCCGUCCCUUGUCUUUACCCUACGCAACAGCGUUUGAUCCGCUAGCAUAGUGGUCAGAGCAUACGCCAUUCUUCCCCGACACAUCGUGCGUGCGGGUUCGAAUCCUGGUCAGAACGCGAUUAUCGGGUCGUUACGUGAUCCCAAAAAGUUUUGAUUUUACUAUCAAAAGUUAUUUUUUUGCAGGUGAAAUGUCGCAUUUGUACUUUGUAUAUGACUAACCUGUCAUAUAAAAACAGUUGCCACCUCCUCAAUGCUGAAGCAUUACUGGCCAAGCAUGAGAUUGAAGUUUCUGAUAAUCCCCAAAUAAACACAGGUAUAGAACCAUUCCUUUACUUUCACACAGUCACUUUUUUGGUAAUUUAUUAGAAAUCUGUAAUUAAGCUAUAAUUUAUUUUUUUGUCCACUUCAAUUUCUUUCUGAUGGGCUAUGGUAGCACUUAGAUGACAAAGUGGGGAGUCAAGGAGGCAGUGCAACUGUAGAUGAAAUUGCAAAAGUGCAACGAUGCAUGGCUGAGCCGAACAUGGCACGCAAUGCCGAUUUUCUUCGAUACUGGAGGAGCCAAUGGAUAUCUUAUCCAAACCUCUUUCAACUGGAAAUUCUUGUGCAUGCUGGCAUUGUUGGUUCCAUGCGAGUGUGUUGUCCACAGCAGGCUUGUUAAAAAAAAAAACAACAACAACUAAAUUUAGAGAAAAAAAAACUGUUUUUGAAUAAAAUUUUAUCAGAACAAAAAGUCCACAGGCAUUCCUUAUUCACCCAUUCAUUAUUACUUACAUUUUCACAUUAUAAUAUAUGUUCACAUAAUGUAAAGAUAUGGACUAAUGCAAUAUGAAUGCAAAGACUUAAAUGAUUUGAUUUUACAUGCUAUGUCAUCAAUUCAGUGUCAGUCUGUCAAAUGGGUUGCCUGUAGGGAUUUUUUAUGUCCAGCAGGUGUCAGUAUUCAAUGACACAGUAUCCACACUGUGUCAACACAAUGUGUCACUGUGUCGACACGCUUCAUGAGGUUUCACGGACCCAUCACUAGUAUACAGUAGUUUAUGUUCUACACAUGUACAUUGAAAAGGUUUUAACUUUUUAGGGCAUUAUGUUUACUUCUAUUGAUGGCAUAAUAAUUGUAUGUUUUAAAAAAAGUAACCACCCCCCCCUUCCAAAAAA